AUGUGUAUCAAGAAUGGACCCCAGCCUUCGGAGGCAUUAGGGACCAGGUCAGUGUUCGGGCUACCUGAGGGCUGUGGGAAGGGUUCCUCCUGGAAGGUCAAGGUUCACCAGGGUUCAGUGCUCCCGGCGGGUUCAAUCACCCUGGACAUCACCAGCCCAGCAGAUGCCCCAGUGGGAGAGUACAGCCUGUCUGUAAAGACCAGCGCCACCGCCUCAGUGGGCAGCAGUCUGGGAAAGCUCCUUCUGCUGUUUAAUCCCUGGUGCCAAGAGGACUGGGUGCAUCUACCUGAGGAGGAGGAGAGGCAGGAGUAUGUGAUGAGAGAACAAGGCCUGGUGUACAAAGGUUCUGACAAAUACAUCAGCUCUAUGGCGUGGAACUUCGGACAGUUUGAAGACGAUAUAGUGGACAUUUGCCUGAAGCUGCUUGACGCGAAUCCUAAGUGUCUGAGUGACCCCGCCAAGGACUUCUCUGCUCGUUGCAACCCCAUCUAUGUCAGUAGGGUGGUCAGUGCCAUGAUCAACGCUAACGAUGACAGAGGUGUCCUGAUGGGGCGGUGGGAUGGUCAAUACGAUGGUGGCAUGUCCCCCACUCACUGGAACGGCAGUGUGGAGGUACUAAGGAGGUGGCUCAAAUAUGGUGGUAAUCCAGUCAAGUAUGGCCAGUGUUGGGUGUUCGCCGCUGUAAUGUGCACAGUACUGAGGUGUUUGGGAAUCCCAUGUCGAGUGGUUACCAACUUCCAGUCAGCCCACGACACCGACAAAAACCUGACAAUUGACGACUUCUUCUCCGACUAUGGAGUCAGACCCAAACAGAGCCCCGACAGUGUAUGGAACUACCAUGUUUGGGUGGAAGCCUGGAUGACACGGCCCGAUCUCUCAGCAGGCUCCUUAUACGAUGGCUGGCAGGCUGUGGACCCCACUCCUCAGGAGAAAAGCACGGGUGUUUACUGCUGCGGCCCUGCUCCAGUCAAGGCCAUACUGCAGGGUCACGUUGACCUCAAAUACGAUGUGCCCUUUGUCUUCGCCGAAGUCAACGCCGACCGUGUAACCUGGAUGGUGUUCGCUGACGGCUCCAAGAAAAAUAUCUUCACGGACAGUGUGUCCGUAGGCCAGAGCAUCAGCACCAAGGCAGUGGGCAGUGACAAGAGAGUGGACAUCACAGCCAACUAUAAACAUGCAGAGGGCACGGAAAAGGAGAGGGAUGUGUACAAUCAAGCUGUCAAUCAAAGAGUCAAUAUACCCGAAGAGGAUUCAAACGGGAUCCAUGACGACAAACCUGCUGUUUCCAUGAAGAUUGUGGAGCUGACCAAGCCGGUCAGCGGCAAAGACAUUGACCUCGAGCUUGUACUGAACAGCAAUGACAAUGAAACUCGGACACUAGUGAUCAAUGUCAACGUUCAGGCCAUGAGAUACAACGGGAUCCCAUCCUCCCAGAUACAGACCGAAUUGAAAGAACAGAAGCUCCUUCCCAACCAAGAUCUGACUAUACCCAUCCACAUCCCCUUCUCUGUGUAUGGUGAGAAAAUGCGGGAGAGCAACAGCAUCAAGGUUUCGGCUGUGGUCACAGACAAGGACAAGAGUGGGGCAGUGUACAUCACAGAGAAAGACCUUGUGCCAGAGAGCCCUUUGCUCACCAUCAAAACCAUUGGAUCUGAAUUGCAGUAUAGUGACAUGACGGCAGAGGUUGUGUUUGAGAACCCUCUAUCCGAAGGUCUAAGAGACUGCUUCAUAACAGUGACCGGCAGUGGCUUGCUGACUGAAACAAUGGAAGCCAGAAUGCCUUUCCUAAAACAAGGUCAACGACUACGUGUGAAGAUGCCCUUCACUCCAUACAGACCCGGUCCUAAGAAGCUAGUGGCCGGCUUCAACUGUGAUCAAUUCAGGGACAUUAAGGCAAGCUGCAAUGUGUACAUCAAACCGUCACCAGUGUUGCCCCCCCCACUGCCGUUGUUAGUAAAGCCCUUGUGAGAAUAACUCUAACUCAAAUAGGCUCUCCAAUUUAUACCUUAUUUUCCUGUUAUAUCCUAUAUCAAUUAGGAUAUAACGUUAGGCCAACGAGACAGUGUCCGAGUUCUAUAAUUCUCUGGUAGAAUGUCUAUUUCGUCUCACUCAACCGUUAGCUAUUUUCUAGUUCUGCUAUUUUUGACCCCCAGUCUGUUGAUAGGUAAUGCCUGUAGUUUUUGUGUUUAUAGAUUUUCAUAACAACAAUAACAAAUUUGAUAUCGGACGACAAUAAAUGUUCAUGAUGUCAUGGCGACAA